AUGGCUUGCCAUCUUAGGUCAAUAAGCUUGCCGUCUAGGCUUCACUCAAGCGAACCUGCAGUGCAACAAGAGUUGUGCAUUCUAGAGGCAAUCAUCUCUUCACCAUCCACAUGUAUCGUCAUGAUGUGUGACGGUUUGAGGAGGCUUGGAGACAUCUACAUCAGUGUUGAGGAGAUGACUCACUUGCCAAGCAACAAAGUUUGCUCUUCCCAGCAAAGGAAAAUGCUUGAUGGAGAAAUUGAGUCUUCUCUCGAGCUGCUGGAUCUCUGCAACACCAUGCAAGAGAUCUUUGUUGAGUUGAAGGCCAUUAUGCAAGAGCUGCAAGUGGCUCUAAGAAAAGGAGAUGGUGCAACCGUUCAAGCCAAGAUCCAGUCAUACAGCCGCUUGGUGAAGAAGGCUAAACAGUCUUUCAAGAAGUCAAGCAAGAAGGCCACUUCUGACAAGACAGAUUGUGCAAUGAUCAGGCUACUGACCAAGGCCAGGGAGAUCGCCAUCUCUCUACUUGAGUCCACGGUGCAGCUCUUGUCAAAGCAAAUUGAAGUGCCCAAGCAGUCACUUGUCUCGAAGGCAUUUUCCAAGAGAAAAGCAGCUGUCUGCGAGGAGGACCAAUUACGGGCGUUAGAGUGCAGCAUUGGAGAUCUUGAGAGCGGAGCAGGACACCUGUUCAGGAUAUUGGUCCAGAGCAGGGUUUCUCUCCUAAACAUCCUUAGCUCAUAG